GACGGCUGGAGGAGCGACUCCGGGUUGAGGUGGGCGUCAGGAGAGAGCUGGACAGCGGGAUUAUGGAGGAGGAGGAGCUGGAGUUCGUGGAGGAGCUGGAAGCCGUGCUGCAGCUCACGCCUGACGUGCAGCUCGCCAUCGAGCAGGUAUUUCCAAGCCAGGAUCCUCUAGAUCGAGCAGAUUUCAAUGCCGUGGAGUAUAUCAAUACCCUGUUCCCAACAGAACAAUCUCUGGCAAACAUAGAUGAAGUUGUGAACAAAAUUAGACUGAAAAUAAGGAGACUGGAUGACAAUAUUCGAACUGUUGUAAGAGGUCAAACAAACGUGGGGCAGGAUGGCAGGCAAGCACUUGAAGAGGCUCAGAAAGCUAUUCAGCAACUCUUCGGCAAAAUCAAAGAUAUCAAAGACAAAGCAGAAAAAUCAGAGCAAAUGGUUAAAGAAAUCACCCGUGAUAUUAAACAGCUAGAUCAUGCCAAACGCCACCUGACCACGUCGAUCACAACGCUGAACCAUCUGCACAUGUUAGCAGGUGGUGUGGAUUCCCUCGAAGCUAUGACCAGGCGAAGACAAUAUGGAGAAGUUGCUAACCUUCUUCAGGGUGUGAUGAAUGUUCUGGAGCACUUCCACAAGUAUAUGGGAAUUCCACAGAUCCGGCAGCUUUCUGAAAGAGUGAAGGCUGCCCAGACUGAGUUAGGACAGCAAAUCCUGGCUGAUUUUGAAGAAGCAUUUCCUUCCCAGGGCACCAAGAGGCCAGGAGGACCCAGCAAUGUCCUACGGGAUGCAUGUCUGGUUGCUAAUAUUUUGGAUCCUAGAAUCAAACAAGAAAUCAUCAAAAAGUUUAUUAAACAGCAUCUGUCAGAAUAUCUAGUACUUUUUCAAGAAAACCAAGAUGUCGCCUGGCUGGACAAAAUCGACAGACGCUAUGCCUGGAUAAAACGCCAGCUUGUGGACUAUGAGGAGAAAUAUGGCCGUAUGUUUCCACAUGAGUGGUACAUGACCGAGAGGAUUGCAGUAGAAUUUUGCCAUGUCACAAGGACAGAACUUGCCAAGAUUAUGCGCUCCAGAGCUAAGGAAAUUGAAGUGAAAUUGCUUCUGUUUGCUAUUCAGAGAACGACUAACUUUGAGGGGUUUCUCGCCAAACGCUUCUCCGGGUGCACCCUGACAGAUGGAACUCUGAAAAAACUCGAAUCUCCACCCCCAUCCACUAAUCCCUUCCUGGAAGAUGAGCCAACACCAGAAAUGGAGGAACUGGUGAUGGAGAAAGGAGAUUUAGAUCAGCCAAAGAAGCCGAAAGCCCCAGACAAUCCAUUUCAUGGCAUUGUUUCCAAGUGUUUCGAGCCUCAUCUCUACGUGUAUAUUGAGUCCCAGGACAAAAACCUUGGCGAGCUGAUUGAUCGGUUUGUGGCCGAUUUCAAAGCCCAGGGGCCACCUAAGCCCAACACUGACGAAGGGGGUGCCGUGCUCCCCAGCUGUGCUGACCUCUUUGUCUACUACAAGAAGUGCAUGGUGCAGUGCUCCCAGCUCAGUACUGGGGAGCCAAUGAUCGCCCUGACCACCAUUUUCCAGAAGUACCUCCGAGAAUAUGCCUGGAAAAUCCUCUCUGGCAAUCUACCCAAAACCACAAGCAGCAGUGGAGGGCUGACCAUCAGCAGCCUCCUCAAGGAGAAGGAAGGCUCGGAAGUAGCCAAGUUCACGCUCGAGGAGCUCUGCCUCAUCUGCAGUAUCCUGAGCACAGCCGAAUACUGUCUGGCCACCACCCAGCAGCUAGAAGAAAAACUCAAGGAAAAAGUUGAUGUAAGUCUGAUUGAACGAAUCAAUCUGACUGGAGAAAUGGAUACGUUCAGCACUGUCAUCUCUAGCAGCAUCCAGUUGUUGGUCCAAGAUCUGGAUGCUGCCUGCGAUCCUGCCCUGACUGCCAUGAGCAAGAUGCAGUGGCAGAACGUGGAGCACGUUGGUGACCAGAGCCCUUAUGUCACCUCUGUCAUUCUUCACAUUAAACAGAAUGUCCCUAUCAUCCGUGACAACUUGGCUUCCACGCGGAAAUACUUUACUCAGUUCUGCAUUAAAUUUGCAAACUCCUUCAUUCCCAAGUUCAUAACCCACCUCUUCAAGUGCAAGCCAAUUAGCAUGGUGGGAGCAGAACAGCUGUUGCUGGACACCCAUUCCCUGAAGAUGGUCCUGCUCGAUCUACCUUCCAUUGGCUCACAGGUGGUGAGGAAAGCACCUGCUAGUUACACCAAGAUUGUUGUGAAAGGCAUGACCCGCGCAGAAAUGAUACUCAAGGUAGUGAUGGCUCCUCACGAACCGUUGGUGGUGUUUGUUGACAACUACAUCAAACUCCUUACGGACUGCAACACAGAAACUUUCCAGAAGAUACUGGACAUGAAGGGGCUGAAGAGAAGCGAGCAGAGCAGCAUGCUGGAGCUUCUACGCCAGAGGCUCCCCACUCCGCCUUCAGGUCCAGAAGGCUCCAGCUCCCUGUCCUUACUGGCCCCAACACCAGAACAGGAGUCCUCGCGUAUCCGCAAACUAGAGAAACUGAUUAAAAAGAGACUGUAGGAGCAGACACAGGGCACUUUUGUCCCCUGGCCCGUGAUGCUCAGCACCCCCCUACCUAUCUUGUGCUCCCCCUGACUCUCGGAUCAUCUGUCUUGAAACUUCCUGGGACAUAUGGGUUGUUAAUGAGUCUUGCCCACAACCUGUCUUAAUUUGCGUCCUGAUCAAGAAGCCAAGCAAGGGCAGGGAGAUGAAAAGCCUCCUUGGUUGAUCCCAGAUUCCUACAGCAGAGGCGGCGGUGGGCGAAAGGACCCCAUAGUCCACUUGUGUUCCUGGGCUGCUUUCAACCCAUCCCAUUGUCACCGGCCUCGCUCCCCCACCUCUGCAGUCACAUCCGUCUGGCCUGUGGCCCCAUCUCCUGUGCCUGUGCAGGCAGCUUGGGUGAGAAAGCCUGGAUCCCACCCUUUCCUCCAUCUGCUGCUGUUUGAGAUCACCUCUGCAGCCAGGCCCUAAGAGUUGUCCUCUCUGCUCUGCGGGCUUGGCUCUGGAGGAGGUGGCAGAAUACAGGUGGAGGACAUUGGCCUUGCCUUAUGAAGUCAGUGGAGGCAGGAGCACUCUUUCUCAUAGGUCCAUUUUCCUGGUACAUAAUUGUCAUUACUGGGCCAGUGCGUUCUUCACAUUUCUCCAUAACCCGCAGUCCCCUGUCUGUAUACGUCUAAGGAGAAAUUCCCACUGUGUCUCUCACCUGGGAAGAUUCUAUGUGUUCUCUGUGCCGUAGGGCUCCUUGCUUGAGGCUGAGGGUAGACCUGUAUCUGUCCACUCACUGCAUGAUGUAAGCAGAUUAUUUUCUCCAUAUCUUUAUCCCCACCCUGCUCCUGACUUCUAGGGAAGGGAUGGCCUUCUGUGAAGAGAAACUAGGACGUUUUCCUAGAAAAACUUGUCCUAGGCUUUCUCCUCAGAUGAAGCUGUGGGACAGCGCAGGAGGCCUGGGCCCUCUAAUCCCCUUCUUGCCCAUUUAUUUUAAAACCCAAAUUACUUUCCAGAAUGAUCUGAAACAACAAAAGCAAUGUGAAGUGCCAGAGUGACCUAUGACUUUAUUACUAUCGGGAAAGAACCCAGGUCCAUGGAUACCUUAGGAACAGAAUGUUGGCCUUAAACACCUGCUCAGAGCCUGCCCAAGCCCGGAACACACCCCGACCCCUGACCCCUGGUCUGCCCGUCCUUUCCACUGGCGUGCAGCCAGCACAGCCUGGCAGAAGAGAACUGCCUCAGUCCUCAAAUCGUCCUGCAGCACGAGAACGGGCAGGGUAGCAGGUCGCUGCCCUGAUUUGCCAGGCUCGCUCACGAGGGACGGAGCCCUAGCUCAACACGACCAUAGCCUCAGGGCCGCCGCUGUUGCUGUGGGCCUUCUUCAGGAAUUCUAAACAAGUUGCUGGCCUGGUGCGGAGAGAGCUAAGGAGGAAGGAGGAGCUCUUUACAGAGAAUGCACAUAACAGGCCUCAAGAUAAAAUUGGGAUAUCAAAUAGCACACAAAAAUGAGUUUUCAGGAUAGAGGAAGUUUCCUGAAAAUCCAUAAAACUUGUGAUAGCCACACAGGAGGGCACUUUAAGGUUUGAAAACCAGGCCAGGAACUGUUCAUUUCCCCCCUUCUUGUUCUCCAGUGCCCUUGCCUCUCCAUUAACCUCCUCUCAGACUCAGUCCAUCAUCCGGGGCCUCGUUUCUUCCUCAGCUUCCAGGCUUCUCUUGCUUGUCCAUGGGACUCUUAACGUGUAGAGCAUCUCAUGACUUAACAGCACGGAGCAGAAAGUGCAGCCCUCAGCUGAGCUCUCAGGAAAAGCUCCCUAAAUAGGGGAAGGGGGGACAGUGUGGGGAGGGGAUUGGGCAUGCAUGGGGGUAGGGGCUGGGCAGCCAGGCAAGACUGCACUGUCACGCUGCUCUGGUGACGUCCUUCCGCCCACAUUAGUAGAGGUUAACCUUCUCUUCCUGCUCUAGAAAGGGGCCAAUGGGCCCAUCUACAAACAGCACCACCACUUGGGCCAUCUGUCAUCAACCUGGGGAGCCGGGGAAGCUGGCAGGCUCCACAUGGUUCUUGUCACUCUCGGUGUUUAUCAAUGCACACUUCUCUUUUCGGUUCAUUCCUGAAGUCAUUUUCUGGACAUCUCCAUAACGCAUUGAGAUGUCAAGCCGCUGUUGUUCCCCCAGUUGGUGGUCACAGCCAGGGAACUUGCUUUCUUGAUUUAUUACAUUGUCAGGAAUCUCCGAGGAGCCAGCAGAUGUCAGGAGGAGUUAUGUUAAAUGCCUCAUUGAAGGGGUCUGAAUGCUGCAUAUGCGUCCUCUAAAGACAGCGUGUUUCUCAGCUGGGGAUACGUGUCAGAAUCAUGCGGGGCCCUUUUUACACCUACAGUUGCCUGGAGAUUCUGAAUCAGUAUGUUUGGAGUGGGGCCUGGCAUAGAAGUAAUUAUAAUGUUUACCUUUUGUUAAAAACCACUGCAAUAAAAUUAGAUACUGUACCCAUUCCACACCCCCACCCGCUUUCUCUAA